UUUUUUAACCCACUUAAAACAUAUUUUGCUUCAUUUGCAUGUGGAUUUACUUCAAUUCUUGUUUUUUGGAUAUUAGUAGAAAAGGUAUAUUUCCUCGGGGCUUGACUAUAAGUUUCUAAAGUAAUGUCUCUUACGUCUUUUACAUACCAUGAGAACUCAAAACAGCUGUGCUUGAGAACAAAUAGCAAAUGGAUGGAUUUCAAAUGGAUAAUAUUUUACUAUGCCAAAUAUUUUAGUGCAAUUUUUUUUAAAAAAAACAUGAUAUCAGUGUUUUCAUUACAAAAUGUUUGUAUUUAAAAAAUUCAUCUAUUGCAUAGUUAUAGUGGACUACCUAAUUAUGUUAUCUUGAAUUUUACUAAUCUUCAGCUCAAGGUCUGCUGAACCGACCUGUACCGGUCGGUUCAGCCCGUACCGGACCGGUACCGACCUGUACCAGUCCGGUACAGGGUAUAAAACGGUUCGACCCCCGUACCGGUGCGAACCGGUAAUGGGUCGGAACCGUUCGGUUCGACCCCCGUACCGGUGCGAACCGAGCCGGUUCGCACUCGGUUCGCACCGGUACAUGUCCGAACCGGUGCGAACCGCUCGGUUCGCACCGGUAUGAUCUUGAACCGGUGCGAACCGAGCCGGUGCUCGGUUCGCACCGGUUUGGUGCUGAAAUUGGAUUGCCAGCGCUGUGGCACUUUGAAAGUGCAACAGCGCUGGCCAGAGGCACUUUGAAAGUGCCACACUCAAAGUGCCACAGUGGGGCACUUUCCAAGUGCCCCUUUGUGCGGCACUUCGAAGGUGCCGGUGCGGCUCUUUGUGCGGCACUUCGAAGUGCCGCGUUGUGGCAAAAUCCGAAGUGCACAGUGGCUCAACGGUUGGCUAUAAAAGCCGACCGAAUGCUAAAAACAAAUCCAUCAGCUUAGGUGAAGGAAAGGCAGAGAGAAAGGAGGAGAAAAAGAAGAGAAAGACAAAGACAAAGGCGUGAAAAAAAAUUAGAAGGGUCGGAGAGCGUCGUUUUUCUUGAAGAAAAAUUCAGCAAAAACUAAAUAAGGUAAAAUUUCUUUUCCCUAUAUUGGUUUUUUAAUAUUUUAUUUAAAUUGCUUAAAAAAAUUAAGUCAAAAAUUGCCAAAAAAUAGAAAAUGAUUCAAUGAUUCCAUUUCGUCUUGAAUUUUUUAUAUGUUGUUGAUAUAUGGACAGUGUUAAUGGUGACAUUAACUUUUAUUUUUACAGAAUUUAUAUAAUUUAUAAUUUAAUUAAAAAAUUAAAAAAAUAAUUUUUAAUUACAAAAAAAAUAGAAAUUGAAAAAAAUUAAUGUGGUCGUAGGAAUGGAGCCAUCAAGGAGAGGGCAAUCCCAAGAGCGUAAUAUUGGCUGGGAGCAUGGGAAGAUGCUCGGUGAACAGCACCAGUUUCAGUGCAAUUAUUGGCACAAGUGCUUCAAAGAAGGAGGGGUAACCAGAUUAAAGCAGCAUUUAGCCGGUAAUUCUCGUGAGAUAUCUGCAUGCUCGGUGCCCACCGAGCACCCGUCAGCUGAUGAGGAAAAACCUCGCUGAGAUCAAAGCAGCCAAGGAGAGGGCUGCCAAGCAGAAAGCGGAGGUGGAACGCCAAGCUGCAGAAGUACCUUCCUAUCACUUGAUGGAGUCACAGGAGGUCGAGGGUGCAGAUGAGGAGGAGGCAUAGAUCCAGGCUGCCAUGCGGGCGAGUCUGGAUGAUCGGUGGAAGCAGGAGGAGGUGGCGAGGCAUCGGGCUCGAUUUGGGCCCUCGUUUUUCGAGUCGGGCGCCGGUUCUGGUGGAAACAGACAAGAUCCAGAGUUUCAAAGGACAAUCUCAGUCAGGAAGGGCGAGGGCAGAGGACGUAGCCGGAUUGCAUCUAUCCUGGGUGGUUUUGGUGGCCGAAAGAAGUCUUCCGGAGGGAUUCCAUCAGGUGCGUCAAUCCAUGAUGUAGAUCCGCAUGCCUUCUCCAGGAGAGAUUCGAAGCAGCAAAGGGUAGACACAAUGUGGAAGAAGGAGAAGAAGGAUAUGUGGCGAGCUAUUGGAUUCUGGUUCCACUUCAGCCACAUUCCAGCGAAUGCUGCAAACAAUACAUACUACAAGUUUGCCAUUUCUGCCAUACAGUCUGCCGGUCCCGGUGUCGAUCCUGCAGGCCCGAAGGACAUCUACAGUGAGCUUCUUGACAACAAUAAGGAGGAGCUAGAGAAUUGGAUUGGCUCAUAUAAGAGCAAGUGGCCUACAUAUAGGCUCACUCUGAUGCGUGAUGGUUGGACCGGUCCGACAAAGCGGGCCAUCAUCAACUUUCUGACAUACUGUGAUACGAAGACCUUCCACAAGUCAAUUGAUGCUUCGGAUAAGGUGCACAACGCCAAUUACAUUCUCAAACUUAUGGAGGAGGUGAUUGAUCAGAUUGGAAAGGAGAAUAUCGUGCAGGUCGUCACUGAUAACGGGCCGCAAUAUAAGUUGGCCGGGCAGGUCUUGAUGGAGCGGCGACCACAAAUUUUCUGGACCCCAUGUGCUGCACAUUGCAUCGACCUCAUCCUGAUGGACAUUGGAAAGAUCCGUAGGGUGCAACAUACGGUGGAGAUAGCCCAACGCAUCACCAUGUAUAUUUAUAGUCAUACUUGGGUUCUUUCAUUAAUGAGAAAGUAUGCAGGAGGAGAAAUUCUUAGACCAGGAGUCACACGGUUUGCUACGAAUUACAUUGCACUUGAUAGCCUUAUUGAGAAGAAAGGAGCUCUACGUCAGAUGUUUGUCAGUCCCGAGUGGCAGGAAAAUAGAUAUGCCCAGGCCGGCAUUGAAGGAAGCAGAAUGGAAGACUUGGUAAGCAGGCAGUCAUUCUAGUAGCGGGCCAAUGCGAUAGUCAAGGCUAUUAAACCAUUAUAUGAAGUGCUGCGGGCCGUGGAUAGCAAGAGGUACCCCCAGAUGGGCUUUUUGUAUCACAUGAUGGAGAAGGCAAAGGCUCAGAUCAUGGAGGCAGAUGUAGCUCAUGCCCAGGAGUACAUCGACAUUAUUGAGCGGCUGUGGGGAGCCCAAAUGGGUAGGGAAUUGCAUCUAGCAGGUAAGCGAUAAUAUUGAUAAUUAUACUGAUUGAUAUAUUUGUAUAAUUAUACUAAGAUGGUGUCAUCUAUGUGCAGCAUACUAUCUGAAUCUCCGGUUUCAGUACGAGAGUGAAAUUGGUAUGGAUGAUGAACUUCUUCAUGCUCUACGUAAUGUUAUUUAUAAGAUGGAGCCUGAUCUAGAAGUCGCCGCGUCAUGUAUAGAAGAGACCAAAUUAUUUAGAGAGGGCAGCCAUAGCUUUGGACAGCGACCAGCUAUCGUGAGCAAGACAACUAUGAAUCCAGGUACAAUACAAAUCUGCAAGACACCUCUGCAUAUGAAUUAUCUUCAACUAUGAGGCCAUCAUAUAUGUAAAAUGUAAUUAUCUUCAAUAUUUUUGCAGCUGAAUGGUGGAUUCAUUUU